ACCUCUCAGUCAGUCGAUAGUGAGCUUUUGUGUGGAAAGCAUCGAUCGCAGUAGGCUAGCGAUAGAAGAAUAUAGGUUCGUUGUGUUUUCGCUUGUAAAGACAAUCGGCAAACGGUCAUAGCUGCGAAUUCGCGAAACGCGUCGGAAUCAGGGAUUUAUGGGAGAGAUCGGUCGUGCGGUCAACAUUGAAAGAGAGGGUUCGUCCAGAGCGUGCAAAUCUUGACGGCGGUUGAAGUCUAACACCUCAAAAGCUACGACCAUCACAAUGCCCCUGCUUCGGUGGCGGUCAUCCAAGAUGUUGAAGAAGUUUCUGUUGAUCCUGCUGAGUGGGGUGCUGACGCUGCUGACCACGGCCAGGGCUAAACCGACGCUCAGUUUCCAGCUGUCCCAGAUACCGGGAUUUACGCAGAUUGUAGAGAGGAGACAGCAGGAGGCGAUGAAGAGCUACAGUGAUCGUCGUCUCCAUUCGGACUCACUACGAAUGAUCUACUUCCACGAUCAGACGGUGGCAGUUGUCGAACUGGGUCCGCAGAAGAUGCUGAUUGGAUGUGAGCUGAUUGAAAUCUACAACGACAUUGAGGGUCACGAACUACUCAGAAACCUCUCCUCAAUCAAUCGACCGCUUGAGAUCUCAUUCCGGGACAUGAUGAAACUGAUGGAUCAGUGUGAACAGGUUGAUCGUUUAAAUUCCAGGAAUAAAUUGCGAGCAACCCCGUCGCCACCACCGACAUCGUCUGGUGACGAGACCGUGGGAUACAGAAUGGAUUCCGAUACCGACAGCGAUGAGGACGCCCCCAGCGGCGGGAAUGAUUCUACGACAUCGUCGUCGAUUGGUUUAUUCCAGCUCAUCACCAAUGCCGGAAAGGAUCAGAGCGGUGCUGGUAGUAAGCGGGGGAUCUUCUACACGAGUCCCUUUUCACUGCUUAGUGGCAUCAUACCCGGUACCAAGUGGUGCGGAACGGGCGAUAUUGCCGAAACCUAUCACGAUCUGGGUGACGAUGCUACGAUGGAUCGGUGCUGUCGGACACACGAUCUCUGUCCGUUGAAGGUUCGAGCCUACCAGAAACGGUACAAUCUGAGCAACAACUCGAUCUACACCAAAUCUCACUGCAAGUGCGACGAUAUGUUGUACGAGUGCCUUAAAAAGACCAACACCUCAGCGGCUCAAGUGAUGGGGUCGAUCUAUUUCAAUCUGGUGCAGGUACCGUGCGUGGAAGAAACUCAAACAGGCAUGAAGUUCCGCAAGGCGCGUGAAGGUUUCUAAUAUCUGCUUGGUGGCUACAAGAAAGUUACUGGUGGUAGCAUCAAACGGCGGAAAAAAACAACACUAAAACACGAUCGAGAGAUUAUUGAAGCAGCAGUAGCAGCACCAUGAUGAGUGAGGAAAAACAAAAGUACUUGAAGAGCAAGGGAUAGGUCGUUGACUGUGGCGACUUUGUGACGGUACUUAUUCCUUAGCCGAUGCAUGAAUGGGAUGCAAACAUGAAGCGACGUUGUAAUGAAUGUGAUUGUUAUUUAAUAUUGUUUAAUUUUUAUAUAGUCCUUAGAAAUAGUCGAUCCAACUUAAAACUUAAUCGAGCAUUUUUUUAUCAUGAUCGACCGUGUUCACUGAAAUACGUAACUCGCGGUGGCAAUUAAACGGUUUAGGUAACUCUAUUGUAGAAGAAAAUGGCCUCACUGGAACGUUCAAAAACCGAUUGGUCUGAUUUUAAAUUCUUGCUAAACCAGCCCAAUUAAUGCAAGACCUCAUAGCUUUAUCGUCGAUUAAUUUUUUUUCCAUUGCAUUUGCCGGUUCUUGAUCUGGUUUCCCUUCAUCUACCACAAGUGAACGAAAAUACUCUAGUUCUUGCGGAUUUUUUUCGUCGGUGUGCCUUUUUCCAUCCACUUUUCAAACGGUUUCGUUUGUGGUGGGAAACCAGUUG